ACCCUUUGAUUCAGGCCCGGAGCCAGGGCCCGGGAGUCCCUGCUUGGACGUGCCCCGAGCACCCCAGGCUGAGCUGAGUGAGAUUCUCUGGCCCUCCGUCUCCAUAGUUAUGGCGGGACUGCUCCGGGGAGCCACUCGGAUCCUAGCCAGCUGGAGGAGCUACUGCACAAAGGGGCAGCGGGAGCAGAUCGGUGAAGAUUUUGUGAAGGCACUGAAGGCAGUGGUGGGGGAGCCCAAUGUAUCCACAGCUGCUGCGGUGCUUGACCAGCAUGGUCAUGAUGAAUCUAUGCACAGAUGCAGCCCCCCAGAUGCAGUUGUCUGGCCCCAGAAUGUGAAGCAAGUCAGCCAGCUGGCAGCACUGUGCUAUGAUCAUGGCAUCCCCAUUAUUCCCUUUGGCACUGGGACAGGCCUGGAAGGCGGUGUCAAUGCUAUAAAGGGUGGCAUCUGCUUUAACCUUACCCACAUGGACCGUGUCUUGGAUCUGAAUGUGGAUGAUUUUUCGGUGACUGUGGAGCCUGGGGUUACCCGGAAAGCCCUUAACUCCUACCUGAGAGAUACUGGUCUCUGGUUCCCAGUGGAUCCAGGAGCGGACGCCUCCCUCUGUGGCAUGGCAGCUACGGGGGCCUCAGGUACCAACGCUGUUCGGUACGGCACCAUGGUGGAAAAUGUUAUCAACCUGGAAGUUGUGUUGGCAAAUGGGCAGAUCCUUCACACCUCAGGACAAGGCCGCCGAUUCCGGAAAAGCUCAGCUGGCUACAACCUGACUGGACUGUUUGUUGGCUCCGAGGGGACACUGGGCCUCAUCACCACGGCAACACUACGACUGCAUGGCAUCCCUGAGGCCACUGUGGCAGCGGUCUGUGCCUUCCCCAGCAUCCAGGCUGCUGUGGAUAGCACUGUGCUGAUCAUCCAGAGUGGAGUGCCCGUGGCACGCAUUGAGUUCCUGGAUGACAUUACGAUGGACGCCUGCAAUAAGUACAGUGGUCUGACCAGUGCUGUGGCUCCCACCCUCUUUUUGGAGUUCCAUGGCUCCCAGCGAGGGUUGGAGGAGCAGCUGCAGAGGACAGAGGAGAUCACCCGGCAGAACGGAAGCUCCCAUUUCUCGUGGUCGAAGGAGCCAGAGGAGCGGAGCCGGCUGUGGACAGCUCGGCACAACGCCUGGUACGCCAUCCUGGCUCUUAGGCCUGGCUGCAAGGGCUACUCGACAGAUGUCUGUGUACCCAUUUCACGGCUCCCAGAGAUCAUGGUGCAGGCCAAGAAGGACCUCAAAGCUUCCGGACUCACAGGAGCCAUACUUGGGCAUGUUGGCGAUGGAAACUUUCACUGCAUCUUAGUGUUCGACUCUGAGGAUGCUGAUGAAUACCGCCGAGUAAAGGAGUUUGGGAAACAGCUGGGGAGGAACGCCCUGGCUAUGAACGGGACCUGCACUGGGGAGCACGGCAUUGGGAUGGGCAAACGCCAGCUACUGAAGGAGGAGGUUGGCCCUGUAGGCAUAGAGACCAUGAGGCAGAUCAAAUCGAUCCUGGACCCCAAGAACCUCAUGAACCCUGGAAAAGUGCUGUGAGGGCCUGGAUCUUGUGCUGACGACCUCCCUGGCCAAGGAGCUGCCCUGCCAGCAGGGAUCAGGCUAUGGAAAUGAGGCUAGCGAUGAGGACCAAGACCCAAACACCGUUAACCGGCAGAAGUUACCUCAGCCAUCCCGCUGCCUUUCAGAUGCAACUUCUUUAAUGAACUCAGAGAGAAUUGGUAGGGAUGGGUUGUAUGGAGCAAAGACUUCAGUAGAGGAGAAUGGCUGAUCAUCACCUUUGACCUGGGCAAACAUCUCUCCUUAGACCCCCAAACACUGGUUUAGGUCAGCCCUAAGUAUCCUGGGGAAACAGGAGGGCCCCAGGGGAAGGAGGGCUCACUGCUUAUGGGUCUUGGCCAGCUCAGCCCAGGCCCUUUGUCUAUUAUGAUUUUUCUAAGUAAACAUGUUAGAACUGCCCUCUUAA